UUGUGCAGUUGUUAUCACAAAGUAUUGGAGUUUGAUAAACAAGAUCAUGUGGUCAUGCGACCCCACCGUCUCAUCAACAGUGGCUCAGGGCUACCAAGCCACGGGGCCAGCAAUGGUCAGCGCUGUCCAGACAAUCCUAGCGGCCCAAUGUUUGAUAGCCCCUGACAUGUUUGGUGAUCCGAGUGAUUUGGAAGUAGAAAAACUGACUGACACGACUUAUGACUUCAUAAUAGUGGGAGCAGGCACAGCUGGGUCAGUGGUGGCUAACCGUCUCCUUGAAGAGGAGCAGUGGAAGGUCCUGCUGCUGGAAGCUGGUGGAAACCCAACAUUGGGUACUGAAAUACCAGCCCUUUUCAUAAACAACUACGGGACGAACGAAGACUGGAAUUUCCGAACGGAGCCACAGGAGCAAGCCUGUCUGAAUUAUAAGGAGCAAAGAUGCUACUGGCCUAGAGGAAAAGUGUUAGGAGGAACCAGCAGUAUAAACGGCAUGUAUUAUAUCAAAGGAAAUCAAGAAGACUACGACAGUUGGGGCAUAGAAAAUUGGAAAUACGAAAACAUAAAGAAAUAUUUUCUAAAAAGUCCUAAACGCAAAUCUAAAGACGACACAGAUGAAAAUAAAAACAAAGUUAAACGUGAUAAUAUAAAUUUAGAGCAUAAUUAUGAAAAACAUCCUAUAGAAGACAUGUUAAUUAAGGCAAAUGAAGAAAUGAAUAUCUCUUUUGUGGAAAAUUUUAACGAAGAAAUACAGAAAGGAGUGGGUGUUGCAUCGACUACAACUAAAAAUGGACAAAGAGAGAGUACUCUCAAUGCUUUUCUAAAACCCUUAAAAGAAAAUAGCAGAUUUACAGUAUUGAAGAAUGUUUACGUAGAAGAAAUUUUGUAUGACGAAGAUACUGCUAUUGGUGUAAGGCUUUAUUUCAUCAAAAAUCCAAGCAAAAAAUAUGAAGUUAAAGCAAAAAAAGAAGUUAUAUUAUCGGCGGGUACUAUCAACUCUGCUGAAAUUUUGUUAAAAUCAGGUAUCUUUCCUGAUAAGCAGUUUAUGAAUUCUUUUAUAACACCAAAAGUAAAAUUGCCAGUAGGAGAAAACUUGCAAGAUCACAUUUUUGCUCCUGUGAUAUUCAAAAUGGAAAGUGAAAAUGACUCAAAUACUCUCCCAAAAAUAUUAAAAUAUUUCUACGAAUAUAUUCUUGAUAGAAAAGGACCGUUAUCCGAUUUAAGACCACAAAGAAUAGUAUCUUUUAUAAAUACCACUGACGAUACUGCUAAAACUGCUGAUAUACAAAACCAUUUCAUAGUUGUAUAUCCAAAUCAAUCAAAUAUUGUUGAUAUAUUUGGUCAGCAUAAUUUUUCCGAUCAGUUUUACAAUGCUUUCAACGAACUUAACAAAAAUAAUAUCAUUAUCAUUGUUUACGUAACUCUGCUACAGCCAAAAUCUAGAGGCAAAAUCGUUCUUGAGAACGACAAAGUUAUAAUCAAAGCCAAUUAUUUACACGAGGGCGAAGAUUUAGAAAAUCUAGUCAAAGGCAUGAAAGUUGCUAUAAAACUAAAAGAUACAGAAUCAUUUAAAAACUCUAGUUUGAAACUACAUUUCAUUGAAAUUGAUGCUUGCAAAAAUAUUGAAAAAGAUGAUGAUGACUUCUUAAGAUGCAUAGCGAAGCAUUUGACAGGUACACUUUACCACGCAGUAGGUACCAAUAAGAUGGGUAAACAAGAAGAUGAAACAGCAGUGGUAGAUGAAAGGUUAAGAGUCAAACAUGUAAAGAAUCUAAGAGUCAUAGAUGCAAGUGUAAUGCCCAAAAUUGUAAGAGGCAAUACAAUGGCAGCUACUCUUAUGAUUGCUGAAAAAGGUGCUGAUAUGAUUAAGGCUGAUUGGCGGACGAAUAAAAAAUGAUUAUGUA